CAACUGGUGUAAUCGUCAGUCUGUCUGAAAGGAAUGGGUCCAAUCUAAAAAGUGGCGGAUCUAAACCUGCAGGUGCGUCAUGUGGGCUCGCGUAGGUCUGUUGGGUUCAGUGGCCCUCGGCUCGAUGUUCUGGUCUCAGAAGAAUAAAACAGAACCAUCGCCAUAUGAGCUUAAAUUACUUCAAGUUUUGUUCAGACAUGGGGCGAGAACGCCACUGAAAUCUAUACCGGACGUGUUGGAGGCACAAUGGGUCCCUGAGCUGCUUGAAGCUCCCACUCACACUAAAAUAGACUAUAUGGUUACAGACCUGAAGGGAGGGCCCAGACCCCCAGCUCCUGUUGAGGACAGCUAUAGGGCCAAAAUAUUGACGGGUGGAACUUAUCCUGGGCAGCUGACCACAGUGGGCAUGGAACAGCUUUACGAUCUUGGAGUGAGGCUACGAAAGAGAUACAUACAGGAAUUGCCCUUCCUCACACCUUCUUUCAACCCUAAAGAAGUUUACAUUCGCUCAACUAACAUUGUACGCACCAUUGAGUCAGCCAAGUGUCUGGUGGCAGGACUGUUCCAACAGGAGCAAGCAGGUGUUGUGUCCAUCCUCACUGAAAAGGCAGAGAAGGAAGUCCUAUACCCCAACUAUCAUGGAUGCAAGCUGCUCGGGCUGCUCACUGGUCCCCGCUGGGCGGAGUCAUCCACACUUCCAGACAUUGCAGCAGACUUGCAAAGCAUCCAGUGUGCAUUAGGGGUCGACCCUCAUCAACGCCUUGACUUCAUUCUCAUUAGAGAUGACAUGGUGGCCAGAGAGACCCAUGGCCUACCGAUUCCUACAGCUCUUGAGCACUGGAGGAAUAUUGUGGAGCAGAGAGCUGUAGAUAUGAUCAAUCACAUCUAUGAGCCCAGUAAGAGGCAGAAUUUACAGAUGUGUGUGGGUCCUCUUUUCCAAUUACUCAUAACUAAUAUAGAGGACAAAGUUCAGGGCAUAACCUCGUAUCCAGACAGAAAGUUGUUCCUGUACUCUGUGCAUGACACUACACUGAUGCCAUGUCUCAUGGCCUUGGGGGUUUUUGACAUGAAAUGGCCACCAUAUGCUGCUGACAUCACGCUGGAGCUGUACCAGCACCGUCAAACUAACCAGCACUUUGUUAAAGUCUCCUACAUUGGCCAGGACCAACAAAUCCCAGGCUGCAGUGAUGUGUACUGCCCACUUAAUGAGUUUAAGGAGGCAAUGUCUGUUUACUCUCUACCUGAUGAGCGUUACCAGGCCCUCUGCAACAGUACAGAGGAUCAUGCUAAACAUUUCACUGGCUCUCAAGUUUGACUUUUCAUACAGAAAAUGCACACAUUUUGCACCUGUCUAAGCUUAAAUAACACCUGAAGCUAUUUUCUCUUCUACAUUCAGGAUCAUAUUCUCAAAUGAGCAGCAUUGAAAGACUUAUUUAAAUUUUGUUUCCUGUUUUUAAGGGUGAUUGUAUCAUGACUGAAUGUAUACAGCAAAUUAUGCAUUUUACCACUUGUUUCAAGGUCAGUUAGCAAAUUCUUGCUAUAGGCAUCACAUUAAGUGUAUUUUCAAACUAAAAUAUUGACAAUGUCUGUGUGUGAAUUUAAGCAACUUUUCAAGGGAAAUGUAUGUAAUAGCUUAAGUGCCUUUGUUUCAUGGUCAGUCCAUUGGAAUUUGGUACCAAACUUGCAGCAAUGUCACAUUGUUUUAUCAGUGAUAUCUGAGAUAAUCUUUUAACAUCACAUUUAAGUGUUGUUAAGUGGUAUGCAAGGCGAAAAGAAUAAAAGUCUUUUAUCUUUCAAAUCCACUGCUAUGUUGAUAAA